AUGUCUGUCAAUGGCCAAAAGACGCACACGCACACGCACACGCAUACGGCCAACCCUUUGAAGAGGCCUCGUCAAGAGCCCGUGUCGUGUCAUUUUUGUCGGUCCAAGAAACUCAAAUGCAAUCGCCAGCGGCCUUGUUCCAACUGCACGGCGAGAGGUCUGGCCUGCAAUGGCAACGGCCAAGCCCAGCCUGCUUCGGUCGAUGUCAACCAUGAUUCCAUCCUGACUCGGCUUAAGAGGCUGGAGGACAUGGUUCUGGGUCCGGGCCCGUCGCAGCUUCAGCAUGGGUUGUCGGUCCUCAACCAGACCUCACAGCCCUCUCCCCUGCUUACGCAGUCUCGGCCAACACCGUCUCCCAUGGCAUGUCUCUCUCCCGCGUCCGAGUAUGAAGAGGCCGUGCAGAGCUUGGAGAAUAUGGGCGCUCGCGAAGAACCAUGGUUCUCUCCUAGCUCUGGAGGCGCCGGGCCCGACUUUCGCAUUUCGCCCACGCGUCAGAUCCCUGAUGCGUAUGGUGUCGGGCAAACCCAGGCUGCUCAUGGUCAGCAGGAUUCAAGAUGCUUCUUCCUUCCGCCCAAGGAAGAGGCUGACUUGUUGAUGGAUCAUUACACUUCCUACAUCGAUGCUUUGCAACAUGUAAUCUACAUUCCACAUGUCCGUACAUUGAUGGCCUCUGUAUAUUCACAACUGGAACAAGGGCUUCCAGCUGUGCACAGCCACAUCGCACUUGUGCUAAGCAUCUUUGCAAGCUCUGCAGUGCUCAUUGCAGGCAAUGCGGGAGGCGGAGGCCUGCAGCACCGAUUUGAACCCUCUGCAGCCUACCAAGCAUCUAAAAUCUGGGCGAAUGCCACUCUCGAAGUGUUGGAUCUGUGUCGUCGGAGGGCUUCGGGAAGCCUGGAGGACGCUCAGGCAUCUAUCAUCAUCGGCUUCUUGCUCUACCACAUGGAAGGUUUCUCUGUAAGAGUGCGCUUUCUGUUCACAGGGGCCGUCGCUGUUGCACGCGACCUGUGCCUCCACAGGAUUGACAUGCCAUCCAAUCAGCCGUCGCAUUCUUCUAACCCGAUACAUACCGAAAUCAAACGGCGCGUUUGGUGGCACAUUGUUGCAACCGACUGGCUGUUAUCCCUCAACGGAGGCCCUCAAGAAGGGACAUAUUUAGUCCAGCCCCGACAUAUGCGUGUGAACCUACCACGCAACGUCGAAGAUGAAGACCUCGUACACGACGACCCACCAAUAGACCGACCGCUGUCCGAACCUACGACAAUGUCAUACUAUAUUCAGCGGCUCAAGCUUGCCGAUAUCUGCCGCAGUGUGGUCGAUGUGAUGCCUCUGUGCAGUUUUCUAAUAGAUUACCAGGAUGUAAUUGCACUGGACCGCAAAUUUGAAGACUUCUUCGACAACCUGCCUAUUUUCCUGAAGACGGACGACAAAAGCCGGCUGGAGAGCGAGGCAAUCAUGCGCAAGCAUCCUCACAUGCGAAUCCAGAGGUAUAUACUGGGAACUAUGGGGCUUAUUCGGCGGUGUAAACUUCACCAGCCUUUUCUCAUCCGUCGUCCCACCGAGGGACACUACAACUAUUCUCGAAACGUCUCGUUGCAGUGCGCGCGGAGCGUCCUCGGUCUGAAGAGGCUGCUGGAUGCGGAGCACGUGAGCACUUUGAACGCCACCAUCAGACCUGGCGUAUUGGCCUACCCCAUCUUCAUGGCAACCAUUGUUUUGGUCAUGGAUCUGUGCUUCAACCGGAACGAGGGCGACGAUGCAGCGAGGAACGCUGAGGUGCGGGACGCUUGUAAGGCGCUGGAAGACUGCCUGUCCCCGUCCCAGCCUCAUGUGGCCCACGAUACCUUGAACUCUCUCAUGGACACCCUACGCAAGCACAAGGUGAAGCUGCACAACCCACCUGGCGACACAGUCCAGAAAGCCCCGGGGCCAGAAUCGGUUGCGAUGCCUCAGCCUCCGAAAGAGGAGUUGCCCAGCACCCGGCACGUUUCGAAUGGGCCGCCCAACCCACAGUCACGGUUGUAUGACAAUCCACAGAACGUGCUCUCUGAUUUCGAUGAGAUAUGGAAACAAUACGUCGAAUACGGCCCGAAUAUGGACAUGCCAGACUGGGACAGUCUCUUCAACGACCUUGACUCGAGACUUUUCUAG